AUGCAAAACAAUGAAUACACUAUCGAGGAGUUGACGCAACUGGCCCAGGAAAAGAUAGACCUCGGCGAAAAGCUGCUCAAAAGCCUUUCCCAACGAAACACCAUCGAGGGUGUGAAGAAAAUUCAGAAGAAAAUCAGUCAAGAGCUAAAAUUUCUGAACCGCGUGAAAGCGAAUCAAACGGUCACCAUCAAUCAUAUUCUUUGCAGCAAUCUAACCCAUUUCGGUUGUCUGGUGGAUUGCCUGCUUGUCAGCGCUGACGUGAAACAUGUUGACUAUCCGCUCGCGGUCGAGGAUCGCGCCUGUCCGUUGCGUGUUGAUAUCGUUUGCGAUGGUGGUGCCACUUGGAUCAAGGUGAUUGCCCGCAACCCCAAAUCGCUCAGCGAUGCAGUGUACGGACGGACGAGCUAUGGCUCGAAAUCGAUACUGGAACAAGCGGAAGAGUACGUUCAGGCUGCCUGCAAUUUCCCCUACAUGUUCCGACCACCGUCGGUAAUUUUUCGCUUUCUGAGCAAGCUAGACAGCGAACUGAUCGACGAACUGCGGCGAAUCGGUGUACGGGUGGUGAUACUGACGGAGGAUUUAGACGAAAAAGCACACAAUGACGUGCCGGUGGCAAGUAGCUCCUCCUCCCUGCCGGAAACCAAUCCAAAGGAUGAGAUACGGUUGCUCAAUGUGGACGUCACCACGCUCAUAGCGUACUGUAGCGCCAUGACUAACGGAUCCGCUCGCUGGGAAUUCAAACAACCACUACUUUCCGAACAGGCCCGCUGGGAAUGCGAGAACCCCGUGAAACCGGUGCUCGAGCGCUUAUUUGAAGGGAAACGGUUGAUCUGUUGCCAAACGGCGUACGAUUCCUUCCACGACAUCCUCUCGAUAUUGGGCGGUGAGCAGGAGAAGGCCCGUGCCAACGAACUGUUCAAUCGUAUUCACGUCCUGCCCGAUGUGCCACUCGAGCAGGCCCCGAAGGAGCUGCAGUCGUUGAAGCUCGGCGGUAAGAUACGACCACGGAGCUUGCAAGUGUUUGCCUUUGGACUGUACCAUCGAGCUGUAACGGUUACUUCCAACGAAGGAUUUACGCGUGCGGCCAAAAUGCAAGGACUCGAGGUGCCCGUCUUCCUGCACGAUGCGAGAGCGCUGACGGAGGACAAGGAACGGACGGCCAAAGCACUGCCAGAGUGA